AUGACGGCGUCAGCGAUUCACGGCGAUCGGGAGAAGUGCAUCGCGGCGGGAAUGAACGAUUACCUGGCGAAACCCGUGAGGUCCGACGUGUUAAGGAAGAAGUUGGAGGCGUACGUCGGCCUCGCUGUAGGGGAUGGUGAAUGCAGAACGCCGACGCAAGAUUCGGAAUCGGGGAGCGGGUACCGAGAGGAAGCGGUCAACGGACACUCGAGACGGCCGUCACACAAUGGUAGCUCCUCGGGUAACUCGCCCCGCGUAUCAAUCGCCAACGUCGGCGGUGGGAGCCGGACCUCAAGCGUCGGACGGGCAUCGCUGAGCGGGCGCCGCUCAUCAGACCUCGGAUCAACGACCGACUUGGGGGCCUCGGCGAAGCGGCAGCCCCGGAAGCUCGUCAAGAACCGCGGAAGCAGCGAUCUCAGCCUCCCGGGCCUCUCGCAGCCACCUACGCCCUCACAGGCGGCGAGCCCGUUAAUUGGGGGCCAGGACCCGGCGGCGCGCCUCACGCGCCGAGCCUAG